GGAGCUGCUCCUGUUGAGCAUCCUGAAAUGGGACGUGUCCGCGAUCACAGCUCAUGACUUCCUAUGGUAUAUACUUAAAAGACUGAACAUGGACACGGCCAAGCCGUUCGUGGACAUUGUUAUCAAACACUGCGGCACAUUCAUCGGCAUGUGCGCCAGAGACUAUAAAUUUUGYUCGUACAAGCCAAGUGUGAUCGCGGGGGCCAGCAUCGCGGCUGCUCUCAAUGGACUGGAAUACGCGGCCAUUUACAAGUACGACUUGUUCAAUAAGCUGCACGCCAUCACUGGCUCUAAAAAGGAGGUCCUGAAAGCGUGCCAAGAGCAAAUCGAAGCAAUGGUCGAGGGCCACAAGAGACAGCGCAAGGAAAUGGAUUACCAAAAUAUGUACGAAAAGCCGUACGACAAGACUGCCGAGUCGGACGAUAAUACAAAUUGUUGGAUUUGAGAUCGUCGUCAGACUUACAAAAAAAUAUAAAUGUACGAGGAAAAAAACUACACCGAAAGAAAAAAAAAACAAAACAAUUUUUAUUCCGAUUUUAUUUUACUAUUAUUAUUAUCAUUAYAUACUCCACUGCAGUAAAGUUCACUUGUUAGGUACAAACAAACCAAUCGGUGAUAAUAAUAUAUCAUCGGUCCACAUAUUUGAUUACAC